AUGAAUUUUCGUGUGUUUUUCUUUCUUUCUUUUUUUUCUUAUUUCGUUUUUUUUUUCUUUUCGUCCUUUUUCUUCAUUUGGUUCUUUCUUUCUUAUUUUCAUUAUUCUUUUUUUAUUCAUUUGGGUUCGUCUGUUUGGUUGCCUCUUCCUUUCUUUGUUUGCUUUUUUCUUUCUUUUUUUCAUUUCUUUCUUUUCUUACUUUUUCUUAUUUCAUUUUUUUUUUUUUUUUGCCCUUUCUUGCUUUUUCUUGAUUUCGGUUUGGUUAUUUAUUUGAUACUUUAUUUCUUUCUUUCUUUCUUUCUUUCUUUCUUUCUUUCUUAUGACUAUAUCCCUUUUAACUUUCUUUCUUUCUUUUUCCACUAUCACUAUCUUACGUUUAACUUUAUAUUCUUUCUUUCUUUCUUUCUUUCUUUCUUUCUUAUUUCGUGGUUUACCCUUUCUUUCUUUUUCUUGAUUUUGCUUUCUUUCUUUUCUUCCUUUCUUUUUAUUUCUAUUUCUUUCUUGCUUAAAUAUUUUGUCUUAUUAAUAAUGAAUAAAGAUGAAAACUUUAUCUCUUUCUUUCUCUUUUCUUUGUUUUCUAUUUUAUUUUACCGGUUUCUUUUUUUCUUCAUUUCUUUUCCUUUCCUUGAUUGUUUUUGUCUGGCCUCCGUUCUCUCUUUCUUCCUUGUUAUUUUACUUUAUCUCCGCAUUUUCUUCUUUCUUCGUUUUCUUUUUUCUUUCUUUUCAUUUUACGGACAUUCUCCUCCUUCCUGUCUUUACUUACAACCUCCUACUACUACUUUCUUUUGUCUUUAUACUUACCUUUUCUCUCUUCUUUCUUUGUUUUUCUUCAUGUUUUCUUUCUUUUCCGUUUUUUUUCCCCAAUUUCAUUCUUUCUUUUCUUUUAUUUGUUUGUUUGUCUGUUUCUUUCUUUCUUUCUUUCUUUCUUUCUUUCUUUCUUUCUUUCUUUUCCUAAUUUGGGAAUAUUGUUCUUUCCACAUCUUUCCAUCUUCUUUCUUUCUUGAAUUCGUUUUUCCGUUUUAUCUAAUUUUACCCCAAUUUCUUUCUUUGCUCAUUUCUUUCUUUCUUUCUUUUUUUCUUUCUUUCUUUCUCCGUUUUGUUCUAAUUUUUACCCAAUUUUAUUCUUUCUUUUUCUUUCUUUCUUUCUUUCUUUCUUUUUUUCUUUCUUUGUUUCUUUUCCUAAUUCAGGAAUACUGUUCUUUCCAUAUCUUUCCAUCUUCUUUCUUCCUUGAAUCCGUUUUGUUCAAAUUUUACUCUUUCUUUCUUUCUUUCUUUCUUUCUUUCUUUCUUUCUUUCUUUCUUUUCCUAAUUCGGGACUUUUUUUCUUUCCAUAUCUUUCGAUCUUCUUUCUUUUCUGAGUCCGUUUUAUCUAAUUUUUUCUCCAAUUUCUUUCUUUCUUUCUUUCUUUCUUUCUUUCUUUCUUUCUUUCUUUCUUUCUUCUCCUAA